AUGGCAGCUUUAAUCAGUCGUCCAUAUCCUGAUUCAAUGAAUAAUAAUAGUGGACUAGCCUUCAUUCGAUUAGGAGAUGGAGAAAUGUUACUUUUAUUUGGAGUUUCAGUUAAGUCUAUUGACCGAUGGUCAUGGCCUGGUGGUCAAUCAACAUUAGGAGAAGAUUUAAGAAAAGCAUUGAAUUAUCCGAAAUAUCAAUAUAAUACAUUUAGUCCAUUUUAUUAUGGAAUUUAUGAUGCUAAAGGUAUUUGUCCUUUUCAUGAACUUGUUUCAAUGAUUUAUCAGCAUCCAAAAUAUUUAACAUAUACAAAUUUAUUUGUCAAUUCUAAUUAUCCUUCCACGAAAUUAUUACAUCAAUCACUUAUUCGAGAUUAUCGAAAAAAGAUUAUUCUAAUAAUUAACAAUGAAACUAGCUCACAAAAGCUAACUGAACUGAAUGCAUGGACUUGUGAAAUAUUGCUCUAUCCAGAUAAUGGACCUUUGUUGUGGGAAAAUGAUAAGUUUAGAGAGCAAGCAAUUGGGAAAAUUGUUGACGCAGCAAAGCGAUACAGAAAUCGAUUAUUUUUAUUUUCAAUAGGUCCACUAUCGAGAGUUCUCAUUCAUCAUGCCUGGCUCGAAAAUCCUUAUAAUCGUUACAUUUAUUUUGGUUCUACAGUCGAUCAAAUGACAAAAAAUAGAACAACUCGACCAUAUCAAUCGAAUACAGAACUCAAUCAUGAUCCGUCGUAUCUUAUCAAAUUUGAUACGAACAAACGUUUAUUUCGGGUGUCAUCUGUAGACUAA